AGAUGUGAACACGCGGGUCAGGCAGGGAAUGACUCCCCUACACGAGGCAGCUGAGAAUGGCCACCAUGAAACUGUAUCAGUUUUACUGGCAGCUGGUGCAGAUGUGAACAUACAGGACACUUCGCAAAGGACUCCCCUACACCUGGCAGCUGAGAAUGGCCACCAUGAAACUGUAUCAGUUUUACUGGUAGCUGGUGCGGAUUUGAACAUGCAGGACAGGCAGGGAAGGACUCCCCUUCACUGGGCAGCUGGGAAUGGCCACCAUGAAACUGUAUCAGCUUUACUGGCAGCUGGUGUAAAUGUGAACAUACAGGACAGUGAGGGAAGCACUCAACGGUAUCUCCCUAUGCCUGCAAGUUUUACACCCUUGCAACUAGCAGCUAAGAAUCGCCACCUAGAAACUGUAUCAGUUUUACUGAAAGCUGGUGCAGAUGUGAACACAUUAAGUGCCAGUGAGAAAAACAGUCUCCUGCUUCAGGCAUCCCGGAGUGGCUACCAUGAAACUGUAUCAACUCUACUGGCAGCUGGUGCAGAUGUGAACACACAGGACUGGUUCCUGAAAAGGACUCCCCUUCACCUGGCAGCUGAUGAGAAUGGCCACCAUGAAACUGUAUCAGUUUUACUCGCAGCUGGUGCAGAUGUGAACAUACAGGACACUUUGGGAAGGACUCCCCUGCACCUGGCUGCUGAGAAUGGCCACCAUGAAACUGUAUCAGUUUUACUGGCAGCUGGUGCAAAUGUGAACAUACGGGACAGGGAGGGAAGGACUCCCCUUCACCGGGCAGCUGAGAAUGGCCGCCAUGACACUGUAUCAGCUUUACUGGCAGCUGGUGCAGAUGUGAACACACGGGACGGGAAGGGAAUGACUCCCCUGCACCUGGCAGCCCAGAAUGAUCACCAAGAAACUGUAUCAGCUUUACUGGCAGCUGAAAAACAGUCUCCUGCAUCAGGCAUCCCGGAGUGGCUACAAAGAAACUGUUGA